AUGGCUGUGCUGAAUGGGCCACAAGCCCAAGAUUCUCCCACUGUACGAAUUGCUGCAGACGGCGAGAAUUCUAUUGCAAGGACUACGAUGGAUUCCGAUGUUGAGAGCGUGUUGGGAUUCCUCGGAUCCACGAUUGGAAAUGCAGCUCCUCUUUACAUUCAAGAUCAAGGAUUCAUUGCUUUGGAAAUCAGCCAGAGUCAAAAAAUGCCAGACAAGAUCAAUUACUUGACAAUCGGUUUUGCCUCCAACAUAGAUAUAGCUGUUCAUGAAAACAGUGCGAUUCGUUUCGAAAUCACAGGGAUGAAUCUAUUCCAUCUAAAGAAUUUGUGCGAUCCGAACAGUUUGUUGUGUCCCCUGGAACUUUCUGGUACGUAUGCGCAUAUGUUUGAAGACAUCACGUCAAAUCAAUCUGCGAUUGCCAAUUACAACAUUUCAAGCAAUAUUGUGUACCUGAACCCUACAGCUUCAAUUCAAUCCAACAAACUGAUUGAAGUGGUCAUCAAGGUAUAUAACCCACCCUUGAGUCAAGACUCUCCCACCAUGUAUAUGGCAUGCUACAACCUCUCUGCCAACGGAAAUCCCAUCCUUCCAAAGACGGCUGCAAAAAGCAGUCAACUUCCUUUCUACAAGAAUUAUACAAUUUUACGCUCAAACAUAUCCAGUGAACCAAGUACUUAUUUCGGUAGCUUGAUUACAUUCACCAAAGUGUAUGUGCUGGAACAUGGCACCAAACUUCAGGACAAGUCCGUGUUGAAGAGUUCGAAAUAUCCUGGGUCUUCAAACACGAUUGAAAUCAGACUACAAUCAUCCUGUGUCAUCCAAUCAGGAUCCCGCAUUGAAAUAAGCGGGAUUGAUGGAGCGAUUAUCAGACAUGGUAUCAACUUCUUUUCAUAUUCUGAAUCAUUUUCAGCUUUUGAUUCUGGUCCCAAUGGAACGUUCUACUGGAACCAAAGUGACAGAAUCAUGUCUUUUUAUUCAUUAAGAAAUAUUACAGAGUUUGAAGAUAUCAUUUUUAAUUUUACAGUUCUCAAUUCUAUUCGCGAAAGACCUUCUUGUAAUGCUCAAAUAGCUUUAUUGGGCGGUGAUGCCGUCUUGCUAAAUGAUCUUCCACCGCCUAAAACGGUGUUUCUUGUCAGCGAUUUGAACCCAAACGAUGCCACAGUCUUUGUCAGCAAUCCUAACGAUGGACUUGCAAAAGGAACCUACAUCAAAAUAGGGUUUGAAAUUAUGCAGAUUCAAGAACUAUACUCCACUAUUUCUCGAGAUUAUGUCGAUGCUCUGUCAAACGUGAUGUACCUGAUAUCAGUUAGCGAAGUUUCACCAGGUGUUCUGCUCAAAGUAGAUCAAGAGCUCAUGAGAGUGCAGUCAAUCGAAGGCAGUCUGUCGGAAUUCUUCGACUCAGAUUUAUCAGCUCAGUCUUUCUACAACUGCUAUGAGCAUUUCCAAGCCUGUGGGCUCUUUUCUUACAAUUGA